AUGAGCUAUUCUACCAUAGAUGAGAGAUUGAUGGAUUCACCAAAAAGAACAGAAAGCACAGAUAUCUAAUCUGACAGUUAAAUGUUAAAGAAGGGAUUUAAUCCGUCAUUCCUAGGAAUUUAAUAAACAUCAAAAAUCACUGUACUUAAUUAAGCUAUUAAAAGGUCUCUAGAAGAUAUCUCGAUACUAAAACACAUGGAGUUUAAUUAUAUUAUUAGGAAUUUACUCCUUAAUUUGUAGAUGCUCAAGUAAUUAUAGUUCAUGGAUUUGGUGAGCAUUCUGGAAAUUAUCAAUAAGUAAAUUCGAAUUUUAUUCAUUCUAGUUGACAGAUUGUUUUAUACUCAAUAAUUUUAAAGUUUAUCUCUAUGACCAAAGAGGAUUCGGUUAUUCUGGAGGUAUAAGAGGCUAAGCUACUGUUGAAUAAAUGCAUAUGGAUUUAGACACCGUUUUAUAAUUAGUAGAUAGAUCAAUUCCUUUAUUUAUAUUUUGCCAUGCUCUUGGUGCUUCUAUGAUCAUCAGUUUCUGUUUAAUGAAUCCCUCAUUUCAAUUUUAAGGACUUAUUUGUAGUAGUGCUUAAUUAAGAGUACCAGCCAAAUAUGGAAAAAUUAAGAUGCUCACUCUUAAGCUUAUGACAAAACUAUGUCCUGAACUUUAAGUCAAUACAUACUAAAAUUUAUCAUAUGCUUCAAAAAAUAAUCAUCAUAUUAAAAAACUUGCCACUGAUCACCUCAUGCAUCCUUAUAUGAGUAUCUAAUUUGCAUACAAUGUACUUCUAUUUUAGCAAUUUAUUUUGCCAAAUGCAACUAAAUUCAAAAUCCCUAUCUUAUUAUUGCAUGGAAAAGAAGACAAGGUUGCAUCUCAUUUAGAUUCCCUUGAUUUUUAUAGACUCAUCUAAUCCAAAGAAAAAACCCUCAAAAUAUUUGAACAGGGAUUUCAUGAAUUACAUAAUGAUUCUGAAUGGUCAAAAAUGAAAAUAAUCAUCACUUAAUGGUGUACAAAAAUGUUAAGCAAAGAUAUUAAAAUGUCCUUUAUGAGGGAACACAAUUAUGGAGUGAUUGUUAAAUAAUACAGAAGCAAAAUUAGAAUUAUUAUUACUAUACUUCUAGUUUUAUUCAGAAAGUAAUUGAUUUUAUAAAUUCUAUUAGAAAAUACGCAUGUUUAAAAGCAAGCACUAAAGUUAGCAUAAUAAUAUUUAUAGAGUUACUUCUAAGAGUUUUCAUUUCUAAUUGA